UUCCUUAAGUAAAACAUUAUAAAAUUUUAUUCCAUGGUAGUUAACUAAAUUCCUUGUUUUAGCAAGUCUGUGUUGUUUUGGGUACAAGUUAUCUCGGUGCCGGGUAUUAUAUGAAUGAGUUUCAUGGUGGCUUGUAUAUAGGUCAGGAUUUGACUUGACAUGCAAGAGGCAGCUCAAUAUAAUAUAUGCGCCAGGCAAAGUCAUGAAGUCAUGAUCUUUAGUUUGAUAAACUCAGAUCUGCAGGGAUCUCUAUAUUAUUUUAGAUUUGCUAUAUAUCGGAUACAUCUUCUCUGUAGGGCAAAUACUCUGUACAUGUGGGGAGAGUGGCCCCACGCCAGAAGGGCGUAUGUCAUUUUACUAUGGAAGUACAUAUGGUCAACAGGACAUUUCGUGAAACUGAGUGUUUUAAAUUGCGAAUUAAAUAAAUUUUGCUUAUAGAGAUUUGGUAACAUGACUGAUAUGUUCAUCCCAGUUCAAGGAGGAGUCGAUAUAGACACCAAGAAACUUCACAACCUUUGCGUGAUCACCAUUCUGAUUAUUAUUUCGAAGUGUGACUGUCAAGGAUUGAGAUUUGUUUGAAUUUAAUGCUAAUUUGUUAGCUAUAAACCAAUUCUGAAUGCUAGAUAUACUGGCCGUCGUUUCGCUGUUGAUGUUCGUAAAUGAAUCGUGGGCUGAGAUCAGAGUGGUGUCAUCAGCAUAAAGAAUGAGCUUACUGUUCAUACUAUUAAGAAGACAAUUUGGUAGGUCGUUUAUAUAGAGUAAGAAUAACAAAGGGCCAAGGACAGAUCCUUGUUGCACGCCAUGUAAAACUGUGCUGACUGACGAUGUGCAGCUAUUGUAUUCGACGAGCUGUUGCCUUUGCUCUAAAUAGGAUUUCAGGAGGACUACAGCAGAAGGAUCGAUUGAGUAAGACGGUAGCUUUGAAAGAAGUACAUCAUGCUGUACACAAUCGAAGACCUUGCUCAGAUCGAAGAAAUUUGCCUCUAUAUAUUGCUUGUUUUAAAAUCCAUCGUGUGCAAUGUCAAUAAAACUGUUUAUUGCAAUAAUGGUUGAUAAGCCUGUUCUAAAGCCAUAUUGACGAGAAUUUAGGAAAUUGUUGGUUUCGAGAUAAUUGCUCAGUUGGUCCUUAUGUAUAUAAUUUCAAAGAUUUUCGCGAAGUAGGGUACCAAUGAUAUAGGACGGUGGUUCGAAACUUCGUCAACAGACCAGACCCGUCUUUAUAUAUAGGAAUUACCCUGGAUGUUUUUAGAGCUGCGGGGAAAAUAUUUGAUUCUAAACACAUAUUGAUUAGCUUAGUAAGCGGGUAAAUAAUUACGUUUAACAUCGAUUUCACAAUUUUACUAUUAAGUUUAUACCUAUAAGUCGGUAGUUUUAGAGUUUUUGAUAGAAUUAAUCGCAUCCCUAACUUCAUUGUAUGUAACAUCACGAAAAGAAAAUUGAUUUUUUAUGCUAUGAUUAUCCAUAUAGCUUAGUGGUGAAGUGUCAUGUGACGGUAAGCUUUCUAAAAGGUUAUUAACAACGGUGGUGAAAAAUGAAUUAAACUGGUUAGCGUUUAGUGUUGUGGUAAUUUCUUUUUGAAAGACAAUAUCAAUCGAUCCAUUGUAAUUCGAACACUUUGUAUACCAGUUUUCACUAUGACAGUAUACGAAGUUCCAUAAUGCCAAAAACAAUAAAGCAUGCCGGAAGUUCUCGAUGACGUCAUUCGAAGGAUAGACGAUUUUGGACCAUACCAAAUUCGAGUAAUGGCGCUGAUAAUGCUGGCUACUAGUAUGCACUCUGCAGUUCAUAUUGCUUAUGUGUUUACCGCUGCCGAUGGAUGCUACAGAUGUGAAAUUCCCGAAUGCGACUCGUCCAGCCCUGCUUACGAGCCCUCUUGGUUACCCAAUGCCGUACCCUACCAGAAUACCGGACCUACCAAGUGUCAGCAGUACUUCUACAACUCAAGUGAACCUCACAAUGGUACUUGCUCUUUCAAAGAUUUCGAUAGAAGCAUGAUAGUUUCCUGCAAUUCAUUUGUAUAUAAAACUGAAGAGCGGAGUAUAGUACAAGAAUACGAUUUACAAUGUGACAACAAUCUUUGGAAGCUGUCUAUGGUGGGAUCAGUAAACAGUUUAGGACAAUUUUUCGGGCUGUUUUUGGGAGGGCUGAUUUCAGACAAGUAUGGGAGGAAAGUACUUCUAAUCUGGGGCAUGGUACUUUGCGCAGUUUGUGGAAUAGUACGAGCUUUCAUGCCUACAUACGAAUGGUUCCUGGUGUUUGAGUUCCUAGACGCUGCAUUUGGAGCAGGCACUUAUAUAUGCGGAUUUAUCUUAGGUGUGGAAUUAGUUGGUCCCAAAAAACGAGUUCUAACUGGUAUCCUAUCCAGUUCAUGUUAUACCUUUGGAGAGAUAUUCACUGCGGCCGCUGCGUGGGUUGUGCAAAAUUGGAGGCAUCUCAUCUUCAUAUUGUAUUCACCAAUUUUCGUCAUCAUCUCAUACAUAUGGCUGGUACCCGAAUCUGUCCGAUGGAACCUGAGCAAAGGCAGAGUAGAGGAAGCCAAAGCAAUUCUUCGCAAAGCUGCGAAGGUGAAUGGCAAAGAACUAUCUGAGAAUACACUGGAGAAGCUUUCUUUGAUUGAGCUGGACGAAGACAAGACAGAGAAAGAUUCGUUUGGAAAGGCUCUCCUAGGUUCUGUAACCAUAACCAUGAGACUGAUAAAUUGCUGCAUCUGUUGGAGUACCUGCACCUUCCUCUUCUACGGCCUCACUUUGACCUCAGUGAGCAUAGCUGCUGGUAACAGUUACCUUGACUUCAUUUUAACCUCGCUAAUAGAGCUACCAGCCUAUCUUUGCUGCAAUUUCAUGCUCCAGCUCUUCGGAAGGAGAUGGUCGAUUAGCUUAUCGUACCUUUUGACUGGUUUUGCUUGUGCUGCCCAUGUAUUUGUACCACAAGACAGCCACGUUGGAACGUUGGCGAUCUACCUCAUUGGCAAGUUUGGUGCCACUGCGGCAUUCACUAAUCUGUACGUGAUCACUAGUGAAAUGUUCCCCACAAAGAUGAGGCAUUCGUUCAUGGGUACCUGUUCCACGUUUGGCAGGCUGGGAAAUAUGAUCGCGCCUCAGACCCAUCUCCUGGCCAGUAUAUGGACUCCCCUUCCAAUGCUCAGCUUUGCAGUAACGGCACUGAUUGCUGCAUUCUUGACACUUCUGUUUCCUGAAACUUCGAAUAUUAAACUGCCAGAUACCAUUGAAGAAGCCGAAAUGAUAGGGAAAACUCCACUGAAGGUUCUUCCCGAGAAAUUCAAUACCGUAUGAGGAAGGUAGAAAUGAAUACGUAUAAAAUGCUUUUCUGUGAUUUAGAAUUAAGAUAGUCAUGAGGAAUGUCUCUGAUGAGUUAUAGUUUAACACUUAACUCUCUUAAGUUUAAAUGGAUUAAAUAUUUUUAUUCUAUUAUAAAAUUCUACAAAAUUCUUUUCUUUCAUAUGAAGAACUACAUUCAGUAUGAUACUUUAUUGGUCUGUUAACUAACUACAGAAUUCAAGUCUGAAUACCUACUAACUCUAUUUAGAUACUAGUACUUUGUAUCAUUUAAAAAAGGUAUUACUAUUUAUUAUAUGUUUAGCAACUAGCAGUAGUAUUUAAUUUAAUUUCAUUGUAUUAUGAAUAUCAACGCCCCCGCAAAGUCUCCGAUCUUUUUUCCUUGGAUGACAUGAUGACAAAGACACAUCUUCAGUAUUAUAUGACUGACACAAUAUUGUAUUUCUUCAUAAACUUCAUGCUUAAAUGGACGAUAUGUAUUACAUUUACUAAUUUGAUAGCUCACUAAGUGCGCUUGUCAAUAAAGUAGAAUGUUUAUUUUCUAGCAUCGUAUCUCUUAUUUCAUAUUAGAUCACAAUAAAAACAAUUUUCAGAAA